CCCCCCCCCAGGCUUCUGAGAUAUUUAAAUACCCAGUUGCUCAAGACAGCAUCAGAAAGUAGCAAAUAACUGCAUGAUAAAUAAUAGCCUUGUUUUGAAAUCUAGUUACUUUGCUUUCUUAAGCCUGUUUGGUAAUAAAAAGUCCCUGUUUGCGCUGCUUAUAAGAUUAUCAACUUCACAUCCUUUAAGGGCUUAAAAUCUGCAAGAACACGAAUACUUUCUACUGCCAAUCUGAGCUGAUCUCUAGGCACACCUUACACAGGGUAUUCCACGCUGCCACAUUGUGUCUAUGAGCUAUCGGCCACCAUGUGUACACCAUGUCCCAGUAAGGGGGCACCCCUUCGAGCACCGAAUUGGGUUUACUUUCUCAUUUAUCUGUGGCAUAUUUGCUUUCAUACCACCUGGCCAAGGUAUCCAACCGGGAGUCUGUGACUGGGUACUUGUGACAGUGCCAUGGUCAGCUUGCCACAUUCCAGACCUGAUAUUAUCCCCAAGCAUUUUAUAUUGACCGAGAUUGCAGACUGAGAAGAGCUGGUAAGUCUUAUGGCCAGCAGAAAUUCAAGGAGUCAGUUGGAUUGUGCCUUGGAUGAACUCAAAGUUCCACUGUUGAACGGUUGACUCCUCACUGCACUGUGAAAGCCAUUAGGAAAAAAUCCUUGGGGUUAAAACCUGGGGCUCCACAGUGUUACGUGCACUUGGGGCUAGAAAUAAUUUUAUAUGGCGACUGGUCUGUCUGAAGCUGAACCCGUGCAUCAUAAGGCGCUUCCACUCUUAACGGGAACUCAGCUGAUCCACACGGACAAGUUAAGUGAGAAAGCUGAAGACGACACGAUGCCGAUCCGCCGCUCUGUUAAUUCUUCUUCUCGAGAAACUCCUCCCAAAAGCAAAUCUGCUGAAGGUGGCGAAGAGGUGAAAGCAGAUGCAGAAGCCACUUCUGAGGAAUCUGCCUCUGCUGGAGAAGAACAAGAGAAUGAAACCCUGCCUGCUGCUGCGCCCAGUGAAGCAGAACAGCCAAAGGAACCUGAGAAUGAAGAGAAAGGGGAAACCAAGUCCUCAGAAGAAACCAAAAAGGAUGAGAAGGAUCAGUCUAAGGAAAAGGAGAAGAAGGUGAAAAAGACCAUUCCUGCGUGGGCUACUCUUUCUGCUAGCCAGCUGGCUAGGGCACAGAAACAAACUCAGAUGGCUGCCACUUCACGCCCAAAGAUGGAUGCUAUCUUAACUGAGGCCAUCAAGGCAUGCUUUCAAAAGAGUGGUGCGUCAGUUGUUGCAAUACGUAAAUACAUCAUCCACAAAUACCCUUCCCUGGAACUGGAGAGAAGAGGCUAUCUUCUAAAGCAAGCCUUGAAAAGGGAGCUAGAGAGAGGGAUCAUCAGGCAGGUGAAAGGGAAGGGAGCUUCUGGAAGCUUUGUGGUGGUGUCCAAUGCAGGAAAAACUGUUCAAAAAGCCAGAGACAGAAAGAAAAGCACUUCCGUUUCGACUCCAGAACAACAGGUCAAGCUGGAAGACAUCCUGCCACUGGCUUUCACCCGCCUUUGUGAGCCAAAAGAAGCUUCUUACAGCCUGAUCAAGAAAUAUGUGUCUCAGUAUUAUCCCAAACUCAAAGUAGAUAUCAGACCCCAGCUGUUGAAGAAUGCCCUGCAGAGAGCUGUAGAAAAGGGCCAGCUAGAACAGAUUACAGGGAAAGGAGCAUCUGGGACAUUCCAGCUGAAGAAGUCAGGGGAGAAGCCCCUGCUGGGUGGGACUCUGAUGGAAGAUGCCAUCCUGUCUGCUAUUGCGGCCAUGAAUGAACCGAAGACCUGCUCCACCACAGCACUGAAGAAGUAUAUCCUGGAAAACCACCCAGGGACCAACUCCAACUUCCAAGUACAUCUACUGAAGAGAACCCUGCAGAGAUGUGAGAAGAAUGGCUGGUUGGAGCAGAUUUCUGGAAAGGGCUUCAGUGGAACCUUUCAGCUUUGCUUUCCUUAUUAUCCUAGCCCAGAGGUGCUCUACCCGGAGAAGCAGCAGGAUGAGGACUCUGAAGAAUCUGAUGAGGAAGAGGAGGAGGAAUCUGAGGGGGAAGAAGAAUCUGAAGAGGAGUCUGAGGAGGAAGAGCCACCACCGAAGAAGAGGAUGCAGAAGAGACCUCCUCCAGAAUCACGGAGCAGGGCCCCUCCAAUGAAGCGAAGAGAAUCCAAGCCCAAGCCCAGAAAGACCCCUGCAGCCCGCCGGGGGAAAGCAAAGCCCCCACCCAAGGUGAAAACCCCUGCGAGAAAAGCCAAACCAGCAGCUCCAGCCAUCAAGAAACCCUCUGGUGGCAGCUCUUCCAAGAAACCAGCAGCUAGCGGGAGGAAGGAGGUGAAACCUUCUGCCAAGGGCAAAUCUGCCAUGAGGAAAUCUCUCCGGGCAAAAAAGAUCUUUAGCAGGAACAUAAUGAUUGGGGGAAGUAUUCUUAAUUGAGAAGGUACGACGGCACCAGAGUCCUCCUUAGAUCCCCUGCAUGAUGAGGUCCUUCCUGCUUCUGUGAAGGAGCAGUGUGUAUUUACAGCACUUGCACUGAGUCCUGGAGGUGCUCCUUUCUGCUCAGCUGUGAUGCUGGCAGGUUGAGGAGGUGCAUGUGGCUUUUUCAGACUGGCCGUUUGUGUGAGAGUGGGUUCAGGUCUUCAGUCAGCGGAGGCUGCCGUGUGUACCAAGCAUCUGACACCAGAGAUGCGCUAAAAGGGGUAGUUCUCGGGUGGGUGAUUUGAAUUAGUAUUUCCAUGCUACUUCUGUUACCUUAAAACCAAAAUAUAUAAAAGUCUUCUUGAAUCCAACUUUAAAAUGUUUUUAAGAAAUGAAGAGCCUAAGUUUUGUCACUUCUUGUUUACCCUUUUUUAAAAAGAAAAGUUGGAAAGCUAUACAGUUGCUAAUGUAGAGAUGUUGGGAAGGGAGGAACAUGCAGUUUGCUAAAAUAAAAUGAAACUAGAUUCCGUG